AUGCCUCAUGUCAUCCCUUAAACACCCAGGAUGCUUCAGAACAAGCGUCCUGCUGGUGUGUAUGCAGACGGGACUAGCUUUCCAAGUGUCAGCGUCAUUCAAGUGAUUGUGAAGACACCAGGCAACCAGGAAAACUUUAUAGUAUGUGCUGACACCUCAGUGAGGAAGUUCAAGGAGAUGCUGUCUGCACACUUCCAAUGCCAAAUGGACCAACUAGUGCUGGUUUUCAUGGGCCGCCUUCUCAAAGACCAUGAUACACUGAGCCAGAGGGAAAUAGUAAAUGGUGACACCAUGCAUGUGGUCAUCAAAUCCAAGCAUGGCUCCAGAUCCCUGGCUCACUCUUCUGGGAACCUGCUAACCAAUGAGCCCUGCCCCCAGGACAGAAGCACCAAAGGAAACAGCAGUGGGAUGUGCCAAUCUGCAGGUGUGAGUCAAAACAGAGUGGAAUCAGCCCUCCUUGUGGAGUCUGAUGCACCCAAGGUGGGUAUUCAAGACCCAGAAUUGGACAGCCCAGAGAACAUUGCACAGAUGCUGGAGAAUCUUUGUGUUCAGAGACUGCGAUCCAAUAUAGAUUUCAUGCGACAGCUCAUUGUGGAGCACCUGGACCUGCAACAACCAAUACAGCAGAACCCAGAAAUCUCCCAGCUCCUUGACAAUUCUGAGAUGCUGUGGCAGACUUUGGAGCUGGCUAGGCAUCUUGCUAUCAUUCAAGAGAUAAUGCAGACCCAGAAGCCACAGAACCUUGAGCAUCCACUUAACCGACAGCCGUACUUGGGCUUAGAGAUGAUUCCAAAUGGGAACAAUGCCCUGGGCCAGAGCUAUGAUAGUCUCAAUGAUCAAAUGUUCGACACCCAAGAUCUUUUGUAUGGCAACCCUUCCACAGUUCUUCUGGUGGAACAAGUACUUGAGCAAGUUCAGCCUUCACCCCAAUCUCCACCAUCAUGCCAGGAGCAAUGGGACCAGCUGCCUACAGCCCAAGUCUUUUAUGCCAGUUCUUGUGGUUUAUCUCCAAUCACCCCAACCAAUAUCACUCCCCAAAAGGCCAACAAUACUUCUAGAGAAAAUCUCGCCACGGUCAGCACCAAGGGCAAAAGCCAUGUCUGUGCUGUCCAGCAUCCAGCUGGGGUACCAGCCUUAACUAGCAUAGAAGUUACCCAGGAGCUUCAGAAAGAUGACAAUACCACCAUCUCUCUAGGUAGCUCUGACCAGUGGUCAGAGGAAGAGCCACAGGUGUUGGAUGAGCAGACUAGCUCUCAGAUCCCAGGAGACAUGAUCCAGUUGCUUAGGAACCACCCCCACAUAGCAGCUCAGAUACUGCUGCUCAUGAGUAUGCCCCAACAGAGUGAGUAGUGUAGAUAGCAACUGCCCACAUCCCUGCAGUCAUCACAGCUUUCUGACCUGCUUUUAUCCAUAGCCAACCCUAAAUCACAAGCAAUAUCACAGAUUGAACAUGGUUUGCAGCUAUUGGCUGUAGAGGCUCCUAUCCUUCUGCCUUGUAUUGAACUUUACCUAUGGGGUCUAGGUUGGCUCCCUGCCCCCAGCUGCAGCUACUCUGACACAAUACCCUGGAAUUGGAAUGUGCCAGAUAUUGCUGAGCCUCAGUUGUCUGAGUACAGCCACAAAUCUGGAACAGUGUUACAGAGAUUACAGCCCCUCUCUGGAGACCCUUAUCAUCCUCUACCAACUCCUGAUGUUCAUUUCAGAAAACAGAUGGAAUCUCUCCAGGCCAUGGGGUUUGUGAAUGAUCAUGCCAAUCUGCAAGCACUCAUUGCUACUGAUGGUGACACUAACGCUGCUGUUUACAAGCUCUGGAGAUCCCAGGGACUCUAA